CACGGCGAUCAGUUUUCCGCGUCCAGCCAUCACGGAGCUUUAGGUAUCGAUGUUUAACGGAGAGACUAGGAACCGGAGCUUCGCUUCGUGAAGACGCUGCGGGUCAUGUGAUCAGCACGAGCUUCUUCGCAAGGAAGUCGGAAAUGCAGCUGAGCUCCAGCUCGUAAACACAGUAGAAGAAGAAAUGACGACAGCGGCUUUGACUGCGGGUCUGGAGCGGAUCCCGGAUCAGCUCGGGUACCUGGUCAUCAGUGAGGACGGGGUUCUGGCCUCAGCAGGUGAGCUGGAGAACGAUGAACACACAGCAGCUGUGAUGAUGCAGAUGGUUCGAACAGCAAGUCGGUUUAAGUUACCUGGAUCAGCUGAGCCGCCCUUCAAACGCAUGUCAGUGACCCUGGAGGACUUUGUUUUCAUGGUGACGGUUUCUGGCCAGAAGGUUUUUGUGGUGAAGCGUCAGAACAACCAGCAGGAAGCGGUCAUCGUUUAGAGAGCGACACACAGGAAGUGAGGUGGAGGUCAGAGGUCACCGGUUCGUCUGCAGCUGGGGGUCUCUACAUGUUUUGUUUAGAUUUGUGUAUUUAACUGAAUACAAUUAUGUAAACUGUCAAUAAGAUUAUGAAUAAAAUGAUUAACGAGC